AUGUCGGAGACUACCAAAGCGACCCCACGGAAACCCUCCACUAAUAAGAACAUCAAGAAGCUCCGCACCAUCAGCAUGGUGUGCAGCCUGGCACACAGCUGGCAACAGUGGGUGACAGACAAUGAGACCAAACAGGCCAGUGAACCCAGUGGCUGGGCACCGUCUUCAUUGGACAAACCGACGGAGGUACCUGAUAAAAAAUGGGUCCCCAAAAAAACCCUGCAUGCAAAGAAUGCGCUUCCCAAUCAGACCCAGCCAACAGAACCUUCUCAGAAUCACAUAGCUGGUGUCGGGGAGAGUCAAAAGAUAUCAGCUCCCCACCAGGAGAUCCAAGGUUCAUCUCCAUCAGACGUUAAGGUUGAGACCACAGUGCCAUUGGUUGAGUCUCGGAUCAAGACCAAGCAGGUGGUGAAGACUGUGACCAGUGGAGUUCAAGAGAAAAGUGCCGGCAUUGGGUUCCUGACUGAGAAGAUCACCAAGGAGGCUCUUCCAUCAGCUGAGGAGAUCGACAAGAUGCUGAGCAAGCGGAGCUCACCCACACGUCGCAGGAAGUGCUCCAACAUGGUGUCAUCGCUAACCAAAAGCUGGAAGCAGGUGGAGAAAGAGCGAAAAUUUGCAACGGAGGGAGGGGACCUAGGGAAGGGACGCACCUGUGGGAUGGACAGAGAGGUUAGUGGGCAUCUUGUGGAUGAGAAGAAGAGUCUGGAGACCGAAGAUGGUCAAACACACAAGGUGGGCCCUUCAAAAGAGGCAGAGAACAAAGAGUCUCCUGAAGAGGAAGAAGAAGAAGAAGAAGAAGAGUCUGCAGUGAAGAUAAAAAGACCCAGCUUUGGAACACACAAAAAAGAGGCUGUGGAUGCCCACAAGAUCAGCACCCUCUCCAAGAAAUAUAGUGCCGUGGGAAACCUCAAGAACCGCUGGCAAAACUUUGCCUUAGAGCACACCAUCAACCAGAAACUGAACCCUUUCAGUGAAGAGUUUGACUAUGAGUACUCCAUGUCUCUCCGCCUCCAGAAGGGCGAGGAAGGUUAUGGACGCCCCAAAGAGGGCUCCAAAACAGCGGAGAGGGCCAAACGUGCUGAGCAACACAUCCACCGUGAGAUAGACGACAUGUGCUUUGUGAUCAGGACUAUGGCCGAUCCGGAUCCAGACGGGAAGACCCGUGUCACGUUUGCACAGCUGUUUGACAGAUACGUGCGAAUCUCAGAUAAGGUGGUGGGGAUUCUGAUGAGAGCAAGGAAACACGGGAAGGUGGCGUUUGAAGGGGAGAUGCUGUGGCAAGGCCGGGACGAUGAGGUGGUCAUCACUCUGCUGGUGUGA